CUGGUGCUGGUGCUGCUGCUGGCCGGGCCCGGGGCGAGCGGGGCUCGGGGGUCCCGGGGCGCCGACAAGCAGAACAGCUUCCGGAGGGCAGCCAGCGGCGUCUACCAGGGCGCCAGCGGCCUCCUGGGCGAGGAGAACGUGCGCGCCCUGCAGAAGUUUUUCUCCAGACUGACGGAGCGAUUUGUAUACGGAGUGGACCUUCUCGUUGAUACAUUCUGGAGAAUAUGGACAGAUCUUCUAGAUGUCCUCGGAAUUGAUGGAUCCAACCUGACCCAUUAUUUCAGCCACACCGCCCUCGCCAAUAAUCCCGCCCGGGCCCUUUUGUUAAUCGGCGCCAUCUUGUUGGCUUAUUGGUUCGUGUCUCUUCUCCUCGGAUUCUUCUUCUAUCUCUUACACGUCCUGUGCGGGCGUUUCUUCUGGAUCAUCCGGAUUGUCCUCUUCGCUCUUUCCUGCGUCUACAUCCUCCAGAAGUACGAGAGUGAACCCGAACACGCCGUCCUUCCCCUCUGCUUCGUGGUCGCCGUUUACUUCAUGACGGGUCCCGUAAGCUUCUACUGGCGGAGGAACAGCCACAACACCUUGGAGGAGAAGAUUGACCACCUCGAAAGCCAGAUCAGGCUUCUGAACAUCCGCCUGUCCCGCGUGAUCGAGAAUCUGGACCGAGGAGGCGACUAGCGGGAAAGUCACCCUCCGCACGGGAGAACGGAUGAUCGCCACGUCUCCACGACGAGGUGGACUUUGGGGUAAAGGACGUGUGCGCCAUCCAGCCGUUCAUCUUUGCGCAUAGCUUAUCCAUCCAUACCCUGAACGAAACAUGAAUGAACUCAUAAGAUAGAUUAGCUGUAUGUUCAGAGAUGUUUGCCACGAGUAGAAUUUUAUCUGCUGUUUUCCAAGCAUUUGAAACAUCUUUUUUAUAAAAAAAAAAGAAAAAAAUACGAGGGAGGGAGAUUUGAUAAAGGCCAAUGGAGUCAUUCGUCUCAAAACGAGGAAAUUCCCUAUAAACCUUAUGCCGUUUUUACCUUUAGAAAGAAGGAAGGAAGCACGAAUUCAACCUGAGAGAAACAGUUGUGAGGAUCGGGUUUUUUCUUUCCUUUUUUCCAUCUUGCCUUCAGUGAUUGUUUCAUUUUGUGCCUGGUUUUGUUUUUUUCAUAUAAUUACAAAGGAAAAAAUAAAUUAUUUGAGUCCGAUCCGAAUAUGGUUCACCCUGAAAUUUUGAAAGCAAGAUGUUGCGUCUUUCAGAUGUCGACCAGGAACAUCAAAACUGCUUCUGUAUUUUUUUUUCCUCCCAUCAAUUUCACUAAAAACAGGCCCUUUUUUAGCCUACACACAAACACACACACAAAACAGUCCACCUUCUUAUAAAAUAGUUGAGCUCCUCCUGCUGAAUUCUUUUGGCUGUCCAUGUUGGCUCAUCGUCUUUGGUGCAACUUAAGUAAAAGACCUUGAGGAAGAAACUGAGUGUCAGUCAGAUAAUAUUAACUGGGGUGCAUAACGGCAGAAGAGAAGCUGGCUUUUCAGAAUGGAAGUCACAUUUCUAUCAAAAUUACACGUUGCCUGAAAAAAAAGAGAGAAAGGCAGAAAUAACCCCAAGCAGCCUCAGUUUGACUCAUUUUUAAAACACCGCAACCACGAUCGGUGACAGGUUUUAAAAGCGUUGCCAAAAGAAAAGCAAAAAAAAGAAAAAAAGUUGGGAUAUCAUACGGGAAUCUAUUAGCAUUAACGUGGCAAGUCAACUUCAGAAGGAUCUAUUUAUUGAAAAAAUAUUUUUUUAAUCACAAUGGAUAAUAUGGAGGGGGAUGAUUGUGUUCAGUCCUUAAAAAAGCGGAGUGGCUAAUUUGGUUUGCCACGAAAAAAAUUGCCCAAGUGACCAUUUGAAGUUCAUGGUGUAAAUGGGACCUGCAAAGUAGUAAACUAUCAAGGGCCAAGUUUCAAAAAUUAACUUUUUCCCCCCACGUGUUUCUAACCUCAAAAAACACGUAACUCUUUUUUGCUUGAAGACCUAUUCCGUUCAUUUUCCUGAGAAAAAACUGGAAGCUGUGGGAAGAGUUAGCAGCUCCUGGCCUUGUGAUCCCCCUUUUUUCUGCGUGCCUGUGGAAAUGACAUUAUAGACUUGUCAAAGCUUGUGAGUUACUAAAAGUGUCUCCUUCCUUCCAGGAAAAAAAAAACCAUUUUUUCAAGGUUGCCACUGAGUCCCAAUCGUUCCCGAAGGAAGAUCCUCCAGAAAACAGAACUACCGCUUUUCUUCAGCGAUUGAAUUCUUCAAAUAAAAGAACAAAGAUUCGCGAUUUUUAUUCUUGCAGAAUAAAGAAAAGGCAACCUGGAAUUGAGAGAAUGUUGGUUAAAAUAAAACUCCCUCCUUUAAAUUGGCUUCCCAUUAGUGGUGAUGCAGGAACUAGUAAAAAUAUAUAGAUGUAUAUGUAUAAAUAGAUUUGAUAUACACAGCAUUUUGUUUUGUAUAAGGCUAUAGUUUAAAAAAGAAUAUUAUAUAUA